CUGUCAUGUCAUUCUAGCAGUCCAACCGUUCCGGUUCGGAGGUCAACGCGCGACAUCAAGCGCAGAAAGUUCGACGAUGAAGUAGUAGAAAGCAGACCGUUGCCUAAAUCUGUUAAGCGGCAUAAAGGCACUGAUAGGAGGUCGUCGAAGCUGACGAAGUGCGUUUCGGUCGGAACAAAUACACUGCACAGCGAAGUUCAGAAACGGAUUGCCGCUCUGAACGACGUCGGUCGUUGGCUGCCCACUGAUGACGUGGCUUUAAUAACGGCCGUUGAGCAGACAGGUGACCUCUCAGCUGUCUAUGAAGCCGUGAAAUUCUCAUGCAGAUUUACGCAGGCUGAAAUUGAAGCGCGAUGGAAUGCACUGUUGUAUGACCCACCUAUUUCGAAUCUUGCGCAAAAUGCCAUCAAAGAUAUGCCUAAUGUAAUGGCCGUAGAUGUGCAGUCGAAAACUCUGUUCAGCAGUGAAGAGGAAGAAAUGUUGCUCCAAAUCACUGCCGUUAGUCUGUGUUUAUUUGCUUGCUUGGUGGCUAUACUCUGUUUUCAGGCCAGCCAUCCGACAUUUGAAACUUUUCAGGAAUUGCUUAUGGAAAACCCAGAGGUGUUUCAUCAUGCUCGAAAGCCUCGGAUUUUGAUGGAACACUGGAAGCGUUUGAAAGAGUACCAUCUGCUGCCGGACCAGAAGCCGCUGCCUCUCGCUCAAGGAAAUAUUCAGCUAUCCUUUUCUGGCAAGUUCGGGUUUCGGUUCUGUACUCGUAGGAAUCCAUAG